CUUCUCAGGUAAACGCAACAAACGCACGUGAAUUUAGCGUGUGCUGUAGUUUUGUCAUUGAUUUUGCGAAAUUUUUGCACAAAAACGAGGUAGAUUUGCGCAAAUUGAUUCUCAAAACAUGCAGAAGGACGAGAGGUUCAAACAUGUCGCUUCGGAUCCGAAAUUCAGACGCCUGCCGCAGAAGGACCGAAAAGUCAAAAUCGACAAACGCUUCCAGUCGAUGUUCCAGGAUUCGAAGUUUAAAGUAAAGAGCGUUGUGGAUAAAAGAGGUCGUCCAGUGAAUUAUGCCAGUACAGAAAAUUACAAAAAAUAUUACGAGUUGACGUCGUCUUCAGAGGACGAUGACAGUGAGGCGGAGGAGAAAACUGCACAGAAAAAAGUCGAUAAAUCUAAAAAAGUGGAAGUUAAACGUCCAGAGAAAGAUGAAGAAUCAGAAGAGGAAUCCGACUCAUCAAAGGAGGAUGAUGAGGACGAAGAAGAGGAAAAUGAAGAUAAUGAAAGAGCCCUGGAAUUAGGAAAAGCCGAGAAAAAAUUAGUUACCAGCGAGGUGCGCCAAAAACUGAAGGACCUCUCGACAGAUUAUGCACGAGGAGUUGGGCAAAUCUGCAGUGAUUCCUCAUCAGAUGAUGAAUCCAGUGAAGAAGAAGGCGAUGAAUUUGAGGAAUUGGAACACGAGUGGGGAGAACUUGACAAAGAUGCUGAGAGGACCGAAGAAGCUUCUUAUCGCCUGGCCGUUUGCAAUAUGGACUGGACCAGAGUCAGAUCCGAAGACUUAAUGCUCCUCUUAAACUCAUUCCUUCCUGCUGGUGGCUCCAUAGAAAAAGUCAUGGUUUUCCAAUCUGAGUUCGGUAAACAGUGCAUGAAAGAGGAAGAAGUGUCGGGUCCUAGGGAGUUGUCAGAAAUCACCGCAGAUGAAACAGGCGAGGACAAUUUUGACAUGGAGAAAUUGCGGAAGUACGAGUUGCGUCGGUUGAAGUAUUUCUACGCAGUCGUAAUUUUUGACUCGGUGGCCACAGCGUCUCACGUUUAUAGCGAGUGUGAUGGAAUGGAAUUUGAGAGCACUUCCACCAAGGUGGAUUUGAGGUUCAUCCCAGAUGACUUGACUUUUGACGAAGAGCCAAGAGAUGAAUGUGAUACCCUUCCUGAGGCUGGAAAAUAUGUUCCUCAGUUCUUCACUACAGGAGCUCUAACUCGAUCAAAUUUUGAACUCACUUGGGACGAGACGGACCCAAGGAGAACUGGCAUUAAUAGGAGGGUGUGGGCAAAUAAGGACAAAGAACUGGAUGAGGAUGUCAUCAAGACUUAUUUGGCCUCAAGCACUGACGACGAGUCCGACAAUGAGAAAAAGAGUGCUGAUGUGUACAAAGCACUGCUGCAAGAAGAUGAAAAGGAAGACAACAACAAAGAAAUGGAGAUCACCUGGGGUGUCGAUCUGCAAAGCAAGGUUGACGAGAAGGCGGCAGAAAAACUGAGGAAGGAGUCUGGUCUGGGUGCUUUGACACCUUUCGAAGAACUGAUGCAGAAAAAGAAGGAGAAGAAAAAGCAGAAGCAGUUGGCCAGGAAAGCUAAAGCUGAUGCUUCUGAUGACAGUGAAGAGGAAAUAGUUGAGGGUGUGCCAUUCAGCGACGACGAAUUGCCUUCAGACGCAGAGGAUAUUAAGCGAGAACUCAUGAUGGACAAUGAGCCAAAAAGUAAAAAGAAGAAGGGAAAGGGAAAGAAGAGUUUGAAAAAAGAAGAAGUAGUGGAUGAAAAGAAAAGGGCUGAGCUUGAGCUGUUGAUGAUGGAUGGAGACAAUGAAAGGCAUUUCAACUUUAACACCCGUGUUCCUAAAAAGGCGCAAACAGAUGAUGACUUUCAGGUUGAUGUGGAAGAUCCUCGUUUCACUGCAUUGUUCACAUCACACCACUUCAACAUUGACCCAUCCAACCCUAGCUUUAAAUCAACCAAAGGAACUCAGGCUCUUGUUAAUGAAAAGUUAAAACGACGAGGAAAUCCUGAGCAGAGCACGCCGCAGAAAGAAGAAAAAAGGCCGACUAUGAGCUUGGAAAUUUCCAAUUUGGUUAGGAGCGUGAAGAGAAAAUCUGGCGAGAACAAAUUUGGAAAGUCAAAGCUAAAGAAAAACCAAUAAAACUUAAGAAGUAUACUUUUAUUGAAAACAACUU